AUGAACGGCGCGAGUGAGAGAAGCGUCAGCUGCGCGGGCUGCAAUCGCAAGUUCCAGAGCGAUGCGGCUCUUCAGCAGCAUGUUCGCGACAGAAAGGAUGCUGCUCACGAUAAGAUUCCGGCUGAUGGUGGUGAUAAGACGACCAAGGUGGUUGGAGCCAACAGUAUCGCACCAACACCAAAGGUGAUCACACAAACUCUAACUGUUGGACUGCGGCUAAUCUCCCAGGUUCAACCUAGCGAUGUCGCUGUGACUAGUGAUGGCGGAUACGAGCUUCUCUGCAGUUACAAUUGGGUCAUCAAACCACAACCAACCGUCUACGUCCCAGGCGAGCCUCCGAGACUUGUCUCCAGAUCCCUCCCGAUGCGCGUCUCCCCAGACUCAGGCGUCCAUUUCAUCGACCAAAACAGCUUCCGCGUCCCCAAGUAUCCCUUCGAAGUCGUCUUUCAAGCUAUGAAUGUCAUGAACCCUGCGUUCAAGUUCAGCUACGUCGAUGUCCUCACCAACCGUAACAGUCUUCGUCACCUACUCGACUUUUGUCGUGGGAAAUGCAGAGACAGCUUCCGCAUCGACCUGUAUCUCAUCCAAAACACGCUCGUCAUUGAGAGACGUGAAAGAUCGACAAAGGAGAUGAUCAGAGGAUCCGGGAACUCGGGUUUUGGCCACAGCUUUGAGGAAGCUAUCACUGAGCCGCCACCGGGCAUGACUGAUAUUGCAGGGCAUCACCGUGUCCUGCGAUAUGACCUUGGAGGCUUGAGCUGCGCCGUCCGCUUCGAAGUUGAUGCUGUCCAUGUCAUGCCGGAAGUUGAGAACGGUGUUCAGCAGACUGACGCACCUCCUGGAGGCUCAGUAGAUCAGCUUGCCCAGUCACUAGAGAAUGUUGCCGUCGGAAGCUCGAAGAAGACUCCCUCAUCCCCUGGCUCUAGAAGCGUCCGGGUAAUCACCCGCGGUACAGCACCUCCUCAAGCACAAGCAGCAGAGAUCAAGUCCAUCCGACGCAACGGGAAGCACAUAAGCACGAUGCUUCCACAGCUCUGGUUCGGCCGGACUCCAUACCUCGUUCGGGGCUAUCACGACGAUGGCAACUUCACCAUGAUUCGCAACGAAAACGUCGAGGAAAACCUCAAAGACUGGGAGGUUAAGGACCAGAACCAGAUGGCUUUGCGCGGCGUGGUAUCACUACUAGCACAGCUGCGAGAGGUCGUGAGGAACUCCGAGACGAAGUCGUGCAUUGCUGUGUGUUUGAGUGAGAAGCCCUUGAAGCUGCGGGUAUUUUCUACGGCGCAGAAGAAGUUGCCACUACCGGAGAAAGUGAUUGAGAGAUUCUGGGAGAAUGAUUGA